GUUUCCGCGGACGGCCGAGAUGCAACUCCCGGCGGCCUGCGCCCUGGUGGCUCUGCUCUUCCUGACGGGCUUGGACGCGGUGCAGCUCAUGCCAAAGGUUCAAGUCUAUUCCCGGCACCCAGCAGAGAAUGGGAAGCCAAACUACCUGAACUGCUAUGUGUCUGGGUUUCACCCACCUCAGAUUGAAAUAGAACUGUUGAAGAAUGGACAGAAGAUGAAUAAUGUACAGCAGUCAGAUCUGGCUUUCAGCAGGGACUGGUCUUUCCACCUUCUGGUCCAUGCUGAUUUCACCCCCAAUGACCGGGAUGAAUAUGUAUGCAGAGUUUCUCACUCCUCUCUGGACAAGCCCAUGCUAGUUAAAUGGGAUCGAGACAACUAACCAGCAUCCUGGAGGUUUGAAAAGACAACUGGUCUAAUUGGAAAUGUUUAUUUUAAUAUUGAUAUACUUGUACACUUUAUGCACCAAGAGAUUAUAACCAUGUAAACACAGGUGUCAGUCUGCACAUUUAUCUCCCUGUACACCAGACUUUCAGAAAUAAAAUUGAAGACUAACA